UUUAUUUCCGGGCCCCAGAGCGCUUAUAAUGGAGCCGCUGUCAGCGGAACCUUCUGCCGCCGCCGCCGCCGCCGCCGCCGCCGCCGUCCCUCCUCUUUUUUUUCCCGACAGAUCUUUGUUGUGUGGGAGGGCAGCAGGGAUGGACUUGAGCUUGCGGAUCUCCUGCUAGAGCAGCCGCGCUUGGAGAGGGCGCCGCAGCCGCUAAGAGGAGCCGCCGCCGCCGCCCCGAGACGCGGCCGGUCCCGGCCUCAGUCCGCCCGCGCCCCCGCCCGGCCUGCUCGGCCCGCGCCUCCCGGCAGAGUCUCCUCCCGGCGGCAGAUGUGUGUGGGGUCCGCCCACGGCGGGGACUAUGGUGAAAUUCCCGGCGCUCACGCACUACUGGCCCCUGAUCCGGUUCCUGGUGCCCCUGGGCAUCACCAACAUAGCCAUCGACUUCGGGGAGCAGGCCUUGAACCGGGGCAUUGCUGCUGUCAAGGAAGAUGCAGUGGAGAUGCUGGCCAGCUAUGGGCUGGCCUACUCCUUAAUGAAGUUCUUCACGGGGCCCAUGAGUGACUUCAAGAACGUGGGCCUGGUGUUUGUCAACAGCAAGCGGGACAGGACCAAAGCUGUCCUGUGCAUGGUGGUGGCUGGUGCCAUAGCUGCUGUCUUCCACACCCUCAUAGCAUAUAGCGACUUAGGCUACUACAUCAUCAAUAAAUUGCACCACGUGGAUGAGUCAGUGGGGAACAAAACAAGAAGGGCCUUCCUGUAUCUUGCUGCCUUCCCUUUUAUGGAUGCAAUGGCAUGGACCCAUGCUGGCAUUCUCUUAAAACACAAAUACAGUUUCCUGGUUGGAUGUGCCUCAAUCUCAGACGUCAUAGCUCAGGUCGUUUUUGUCGCCAUUUUGCUUCACAGUCAUCUGGAAUGCAGAGAGCCUCUGCUCAUCCCCAUCCUAUCCUUGUACAUGGGUGCCCUUGUGCGCUGCACCACCCUGUGCCUGGGCUACUACAAGAACAUCCACGACAUCAUCCCGGACAGGAGUGGACCGGAGCUGGGGGGAGAUGCAACAAUAAGAAAGAUGCUGAGCUUCUGGUGGCCUUUGGCUCUCAUCUUGGCUACACAGAGAAUCAGUAGGCCUAUCGUCAACCUCUUUGUUUCCCGGGACCUUGGUGGCAGUUCUGCAGCUACGGAGGCCGUGGCAAUUUUGACAGCCACGUACCCCGUGGGUCACAUGCCAUAUGGCUGGUUGACGGAAAUCCGUGCUGUCUACCCUGCUUUUGACAAGAAUAACCCCAGCAAUAAGCUGGUGAGCACAAGCAACACAGUCACUGCAGCACACAUCAAGAAGUUCACGUUCGUCUGCAUGGCCUUGUCACUGACGCUCUGUUUUGUGAUGUUCUGGACCCCCAAUGUUUCCGAGAAAAUUUUGAUAGACAUCAUUGGCGUGGACUUUGCCUUCGCAGAACUCUGCGUUGUUCCCUUGCGAAUCUUCUCCUUCUUCCCGGUUCCAGUCACCGUGAGGGCCCAUCUCACCGGGUGGCUGAUGACCCUGAAGAAGACCUUCGUCCUGGCCCCCAGCUCUGUGCUGCGGAUCAUCGUGCUCAUCACCAGCCUCGUGGUCCUGCCCUACCUGGGGGUACAUGGAGCCACCCUGGGCGUGGGCUCCCUCCUCGCGGGGUUUGUGGGAGAAUCCACCAUGGUCGCCAUAGCAGCAUGCUACGUCUAUCGGAAACAGAAAAAGAAGAUGGAAAACGAGUCGGCCGCCGAGGGGGAGGACUCGGCGAUGACGGACAUACCUCCAGCAGAGGAGGGCACGGACGCCGUGGAGAUGCAGGAGGGGCGCGAAUGAGGCGCGGACGCCCGGGCGCUGCAGGGACGGCCGAGAUGACACGUCAGCGUCAUCUGCUCUCCCGUCGUGUUUUGUUCCGCUUUCGUCUUUGGUUUUCGUUUGGGUAAGGAAAGAGGCCUUGAUCUUACGGUUUCACGGCCACUCUGGCAUACUGGGUAUGCCCACGCUGAUGUGAGGACCUGCAGAACGGUCUCGCCGUUGCUUUGUGGAAACAAACCAAACGACUGACUUCAUGCCCCCCGCUCCGUGAGGACCCCGAAGACAUAGCUGCCUCGUAGCCCACGUUGCCUCCCCACCCCCUCGGACAGUCUCCCCUUGGAACCAAAGGACCGCGGCUGUGCCGUCCAUCGCCCCUUAGACACCACCGCCCGGCGGGCCACAGACUGACCCUGUCCCCUUGCAUCGCUCUUGAGAACCGACAGGUGACAACUCGGCUUUCUUUGGUCGGCUUCCCAGUAACGUGACUGUGUCAAGAGAUGUGGCUCAGAGGCAUUGCACCGUGGAUGCGACGUGUGAACACGCUGGACAGGUGGACGGAUGGAAAUAAUCUCCCGUGGGAAGGUGUGAGGUGCCUUGGGGGCAGAAACUGACACAUGCAAACGAUAACACUUCACCUCGCCUCUUCCUAGAUUUGAGCGUGCGCUCACUUUCAGGCCCUGUCCUGUACAUACGUGAGCUGCCUUGUUAAAGUUGUCCUGAAGCGAAUCUCCCAGUUGCCGCGUCCUUGGGCAUGACUUUCCCUGAAGGCUUGUUUUUCCACUCACCUUUCCCGAAGAUGGCACUAGAGCAAGGGAAACGGAUGGAGCAUUCUAACUUUACGUUUUAGUUUUUAAAGUGAACUGAAGCUUUAAGUCAUAAUCUAGCAUUCUAAUGCCAGGUUGCUGUAUCAUCACUUUGGAAGUAGAUUUAUGACCUGGUCCCGCCCGCCGUUCUUAGUCCUAACCGUGCGGCACAGGUAAUUCCGAGUGUACUCCUGUACGCCCCUCUCACACCACAAGAGAAAGCAAGACAUUUUAUAAACGAUAGCAAAGUCACUAUGUGAUAUUCCCUGAAACGACACAUUUGAAAUCCAUUCAGUGCAGUAUAUUUUUCUAAGUUUUGGAAAGCGGGUUUUUUCUUUAAAAAAAAAUUAUGGACACGGUUCACUAAAUUCUUGAUUUAGUCAAAAUUCCUAGACUGAAAGAACCUAAACACAAAAAUAUUUUAAAGAUAUAAAUAUAUACUGUAUAUGUUAUGUAAUUUAUUUUAGGCUAUGUGAUACAUUUCCUAUUUUCGCAUUUUCAAUAAAAUGUCUCUAAUACAAUACGGUGAUAGCUCGUGUGCUCAACAUACCUGCAGUUGAAACGUAUUGUAUCGAUGAACAGUGUGUCUUGUUUGCAGCAGUUUUACAGUCUGUCAUUUGUAUAUAAAUGUAAGGGUCAGUAAAUGACAAGAGAACUAUUUUUCGUUAUGAGCAACAGGGGUAUAAAUGGGUCAGCUGAUGUAGACAAUAGUGGGAAUGGAAAUAUAUGCUAGAAGGGCAAAAAAGAAACAAGUCAAGCCUUUUGCGUUCAUUGCUUUCAGUGCCGUGUAAUCAUAUUGUUCCUCACAGAAAAAAGAAUGUAAAGGCUCGGAGUCAGCCAUGAAUAUCACAGGGUUCGUUCACAUGUCUGGACACCCAGUGACCCCGGGGGACAAAUCCUCAUGUGCUUCCUCUGAGCGGGUUUUCCGCUGAGAAUUAAGAUGCGUCGCUUUGGGGUGGUUUCAGGGGCAGAUCUGAGAAGAUGGGGAAAAAAACCUAAUUGUAUCGGCUUUUUUAAAGUACAUGACUAGAAAAUUAAACAGCAGUAUUUUUUAA